UUUCGACCGGCCGGUGCGGUGUUCGUCGUCGUCGUUGUCGUCGCGUCGUCGUCGUCGUAGUCGUCGUAGUCGUUCGCUUUCUGUUUUUUCGCGUACACACCCAAAUACACGUAAAACAGUACACACACACACACACAUACCUAAGUAAAUACACCCACACACACACACCUAUACAUACACAAAUAUACAUACAUAAAUACACACUUUAUACACAAAUAAACGUAGACAUAUACACCCUCACACACGCUCACGACCUAUUACACACACACACACACACGCACACACGCGAACACUUAUCAGAAGGUGUAUACGUCGCGGAAUACCGAAAACCGUACAGUGUUCUUCAGUGUGCGAUCGCUAUGUUUUUUUUUUGUUUUUUUUAAAUAAUAUCAUGUUUUCGACAGUUCAUAGUUGAUUUUAUUUAUUUAUUUUUUUUGAAAAUUUGAAAAUAUUCAGUUUUUUUUAAUCAAGUGUCUUAUCUAGAUUGUUAUAUUGUUAUUAUAAUAUCAUUAUUGUUUGUUUUGGUGUCCGUUCCAAUGUGGUGCGCGAAUGUUUAACGACGUCGCCGUCGUUGUCUCCGUCAAUUUCCCGAGUACACCGUACAAACAUCGUGGUGGAUCGACGUCGUCGCGGGCCGCGAUUCCGGACGUCAGUGACGGCAGUGGCGGCGGCGGCGGAGGAGGAGGCGGAAGCGACGUCGUCGGAAGUGCCGUAGUGGACGCGAUGUCCGUCGUCGCGACGUGCGACCGUCACUGUUAACGUUGUCGCCACCGCCGUCGCCGUCGGCCGCCCGGCCAGCGGUGGUGACGGCGAUCAUGGUGCCGCCGUGGUGGCUGCUGGUGGCGUUCGUGUUCGGCGGCGUCAGCGCCGCGCUCACGUCCAGCCGGGUGGUGCGCACCAAGUACGGCGACGUGAGCGGCGUGAUCGUGACGCCCGACAACCGGCGGCUGGACGCGGUGGAGGUGUUCCGCGGCGUGCCGUACGCCUCGCCGCCGGUCGGCUCGCUCCGGUUCAUGCCGCCGGUCACCGGUUCGCUGUGGUCGGGCGUCAAGGUGGCCGACCGGUUCGGGCCGGUGUGCCCGCAACGGUUGCCCAACGUGUCCAACGACACGGCCGCGCUGAAGACGAUGGCCCGCGGCCGCUUGCAGUACCUGCGCCGUCUGUUGCCGCACCUGCAAAACCAGAGCGAGGACUGUCUCUACCUGAACAUCUACGCCCCGGCCCAAGUGAAUUUUGGAAGUGCGGAUAAAAUAUCACUGAAGCCUGUGCUCGUGUUCAUACAUGGUGAAUCGUACGAAUGGAAUUCGGGGAAUCCAUACGAUGGUACAGUUUUGGCAAGCUAUGGAGGUCUAGUCGUAGUCACAAUAAAUUACAGACUGGGAAUAUUAGGUUUUUUAAAUCUCAACUCCAAUCAACACCUCAAGUCACCGUCCAACUACGGUCUCAUGGAUCAAAUAGCAGCCCUGCAUUGGAUACAAGAAAAUAUAGCUGUAUUUGGUGGUGACCCAAGUAACGUAACAUUAAUGGGUCAUGGCACCGGGGCUGCUUGUGUUGGUUUCUUGAUGUCAUCUUCCGCAGUACCAGAUGUCUUAUUCCAUCGGGCUAUCCUGCUCAGUGGUUCUCCGCUAAGUCCGCUGUCUCUGGUCAGAGACCCUGUGUUCUACGGCCAUCAGGUGGCCAAGUUGGUCAACUGUUCGCCGGACUUGCAACACUUGCAUCUGCUCAACUGCCUGCGUAACACACCGCUGGAACAGUUAUUGAACGCGCAGCUCCACGUACCCGAGUUUACCACUGCCUUCGGGCCCAGCGUGGACGGUGUUAUCAUCGACGUCGGGACUGCUGCUGAGUCCAGCAGAACCAAUUCCCAAUCGAACGGUCAAGAUAAUGGACCCGGUAGACCGCCAGAGGAUCCAAACGAAUUAGUUUUAGCCAAUGGUUUCGGUCCAGCUAUUCUCGCUAAUCCGUCAGCCCGACAACGGUUGCUUUCCCGGUUGUCUAGAUUCGAUCUGAUGUUAGGCGUGGUGCGGGCCGAAUCGUUUUUCGCAUUUACCGGCGACGAUGUCCAAUACGGUAUCGAAGCCGACCGGAGGACUAAAAUUCUAAAGACUUACGUCAAAAACACAUACAAGUACCAUUUGACUGAAAUCUUAGCGACCAUCGUAAACGAAUACACAGACUGGGACAGGCCAGUACAACAUCCGGUGAACAUCAGAGACGAGACGUUGGAAGCCCUGUCCGACGCCCAAGUCGUUGCGCCCGUGAUCAACACCGCCGAUCUUCAUUCGGCUAAUCGCAGGAACUCGUACUUGUUCGUGUUCGAUUACCAAACGAAGUACGGGGAUUAUCAACAAAGACAAGGAUGUAUCCACGGUGAAGAACUGCCGUACAUAUUCGGUGCUCCUCUCGUUGGGGGAUUGAUGCAUUUUCCGAAGAAUUACACCAAGUCAGAAGUCCAGCUUUCCGAGGCUGCGGUUAUUUACUGGAGCAAUUUUGCGCGGACGGGUAAUCCAAAUGAGCCGCAGGACCAGGACAUGUUGCACAAGCAAGAGCACGGUCGGUUUAAGAACAUCGAAUGGACUGCGUACGAGACCGUACAUAAAAAAUAUUUGAGUUUAGAUACGAAGCCCAAAUUGAAAAGCCAUUACCGAGCGCAUAGGCUGUCAUUUUGGUUGAAUUUAGUUCCCGAGUUGCACAAGCCCGGCGACGACGUACCAUAUUAUCAUCACAUGUUCCAAUCCGAUCUACGCCUCAUGACGUUUAAACCUGGUUCGGAAAAGACGACCAACAGACCGUCACCGGACAUAUACUAUCGGGGUUCAGGUCAGCCGCCGGUCAUAAUGCAACAGCCCACGGCCGGUAACAAGACCGCUUCCGGGACUUCCGAUGGUGGAACGACCAACGGAACGAACGUGUUGCAGCCUCCACCAGUCGUGGUGGCGUCUUCCUCGUCGUCGGAUCGAGGAGAUGGUGAAAAUGACGAUGUCGGUAGCGGAGGCCGACAGCUCAAAAACGGACCGAAUGGCGACAAAGACGAAGGCAGUCGGUCGUCGUCAGGUCCUGACGGCCAGGACGACUUAGGUGGCGGUGGCAGUGGUGGGGCGUAUCAGACGUUUCCGCUGGCCCUGGCCGUGGCCAUAGGCAUUGGCUGUUCGCUUUUGUUCCUCAACAUAAUGAUUUUCGCAGUGAUCUACUGCAACAAGUCAGCUGGUUGGGGUGGUAGGCGGAGCAGCAACACCGGCAGCCGGCGGACUUCCGGUGCCGGAGGAGACGUCGAGGACUUGCAACAACAGCAGGACGACCGGAUCAGGAAGAUCAAAAAGCGUCCCGAGAACGGAGGCCCGAUGACUAAUUUGUGUUCCACAGGAGGAGCCACCGAGCUGUUGCAAAUGACGCGGCCGGUCACGCAACACCUGCAGCAGCACCAGCAGCACCAACAACAACAACAACAACAACAACAGCCGCACUCCAUACUGAAGAAACCGCCGGUUCCGGUGAUCGCGGCCGUCCCGAACGGCCCGCAGCCUCCGACGGACGCGGGAGGCGCGUCCCGGGGGGCCGUGGCCCAACCGCCGCCCGCCGAGUUCGCCGACGUCGCGGCCCAGUGCUAUCACCCGGGCGGCAGCAUCGUGGGCAUCGGGUCGGCGUCCACGCUGCCCCGGCCACCGCCGCCGCCAAAGUGCCCGCGGCCCGAUCACCAUCACCACCAUCACGGCGGCGGCGGCCAUCAUCACCUGCACGGCACCAUCAGGAGGCACGCGGCCGCGUCUUCCGCCCUUCCGGCGUGCACGUGUUCCGGUCCGGUGGCCGCGUCGUCGUCCAACCCGGCAGCGGAAGUGGCACCGGAAACGAGCGGCGGCACCGCCGCCAAGACCGCGGCCGUCGAGGAGCUGCACGUGUGACAGUCGAACCGCGGCCACCGCCGGUCGUCCGACACGGAAAUCGAUCGGUUGGCCAACGACCUGACCAGGAUAUGCGACCAGCUCCUCGAGUCGUCGGGCGGAAGCGGCGGCGACGGCGACGGAGGUGGCGGUGGCGGCGGCGGCGACCUGUUCUACUUAUGACAUUACUUGACGUUGGACGCGAUGCGAUUCCGCGCGAAUGACGACCGCUAAACACGUCUCUACUGUACAUAUUAUUAUUAUUAUUAAUAUAUGAUUAUGACUUAUUGUAAUAAUUAUCAUUAUUAUUGAUAUAUUAUUUUUUGAAUGUAUUUAAGAUAAAAAAAAAAUAUUUCCUCGGUUGCUCCUCCUCGUCCAAACCACGCUUUCCACCACUACUCACCACCCGAAAUCUUCAUCCUCGUAACGUUGUAAUUAUAUAAUUAUAAUUAUUAUUAUUGUUUGUAAUCGAUAUUUUUAACGGUCAUUGUAUUGAUUGCGGGGUUUUGUGAACUGUUGUUAGUGUUAUUAUUAUUAUUAUUACUAUUAUUAUUAUUACUAUUAUUAUUAUAAUUAUUGUUAUCCCGUUGGUCGUUAAUAAUUAUUCUAGUUACCAAAAAAACAAAAAAAAAAAAUUGUUGAAAUUUUAUUAUUAUAACUGUUGUAUUACACGCUUCGCAUUAAUGUGUUCUGACGAAAUUCCCGUUUUCCAAUGAUAAUAUUUGAUUUUCUGUCAACCCCGCCGAUAUGGCGGUAUAUCAUCAAAAUAACAAUAUUAUUAUUGCACCUACCAAAAGCAAAUAAAUAGAUUACGCUUAAGCAGUAACCUGGAAAAUAUUACGAAUAGUAUGAACAGAUAAAUGUUAAAAAAAUGUUAAACUUAUUGUGACACGUUUUGUAUUAUUUUUUUUUAGAAUUCAUUAAUAACAAAAAUGUCUUAUCUCGAGAUUAAUUGUGACUCGUACAUUUUACGAGAACAGCGAUUUAUGUUUUUGUCGUCGUCAAAUUCGUAUAAUUUUAGUGAAAAAUACUAUUUACAAUUUAUAAUAACAGUGUUAUCGAAAUUCCGUGUUGUUGAACGCAUAGAUAGCAAUAAUUGUAUUUAUUUUUUAUUCCGAAUACACUUUCAAUAUUUUAAAAUUCAAUUCGAUGACGGAUAGUUUAAAUAAUUCGAUACAAAAUGUGCUGAAUGUAAUAGAAAAAACAAAUAACUGACAAAAAUUGCUUGCCAGAAUAAUGUUUGAAACUCCGAAAAGUCUAAAUCGGGUACGGAAUUUACUUUUUGUUAAAAGUUUACCAACACGAAGCAAAAACAAACGAAUAAUUUAUUUUAUUUGGAUCUUAUUAUGCAUAUCGUAAAAGUUUAAAACAAAAUAUGAUUUGUUCCAAAUCUAUGCAAAUUUAGUUCUCUUUUAACUGGAUGCGAUAUGAAAUAUUGUUUAAGGCGGUAUUUUUAUACCUAUAUAUACAGUCUAUACACUAUACAGUAAUUUGUUGUCGGAAUAACAACGUCAUUGGAAAACGAAUACGCCUACACUCGAGUUUUUUAAUUUCUCACGAAAACCUUUAAAUAUUAAAUAAUGUUAUUUGAUAUUAUAAGAUUAAAUAUUAAACGUGAAUAUUGAUAUUGUGACGAUAGAAUGCGUUAGAAUAAUAAACUAUGUAAAAAUGGUAUCUAUUACCAAUGACCACGGUUAAUAUUUUAAACUUAUAAUCUCGACAAGUCCUCUAUCGAAGUCAAUUGUGGCCGAAUAAUAAAAUAUAAAUACACAUGAUGAUAAUAUCAUAUAAAUAAUAAUAUAAUAUUAAUAUCGAUGUUCCACCGGAAGAAAGUUAUGAAUUGCCAGCUCCAAUGACAAUUAUUUUAUUUUCGAUGGCAUUGUCGUGAUGUGAUCGUUUUCCAAAUGUUUCCAUUGCAGUAAAACAUUAAAAACCUUAAUUUUGCACAUAUAUUAUCGCACAUAAUUUAGCGAGUAACACUUUACAAUUACAUAGUUAAAUAAUACUUAAUAGAACAAUUAUAAUUCGGUUAGUAAUAAGUAGGAAUUUAUCUCGUUAUUUAAACUCACUGAUCAACCGUGGAACCUCCAAACAUAUUAAUAUUAUUAUUAUUAUCACUGUUAAUUGUGUAUCAUAUUAUUCUUAUCAUAUUCAAUUGUUGUAAUGGGGUACUUUUAUAAACGAGUUACAAAACACAUCGUUAUAAAACAAAGCAAAAUGUUGUAUGCUCGCCAAUUCGUUUGUACAUUCUUCUAUACCACAUAAUAUUAUCAUAUUAUUUGAAUAGUAAAAAAUUAAUGUGUGUAAAUAUUUAUGUAUUUUUUAUAUAUAUUAUUAUGUAAUACAAUAUUAUUUACUUGUUAAAAAUUAUAUAUAUUCCACUUACAAAUUUCACAUAAGCUUACCUACGAUUAUUAUAUUGUGUUAUUAUAAUUUGUCAAGACCCAUAAAUGAAAUCACGAGGACGAGGAAAGACUUUUCAAAGGAUACAGAAAAAACUCACUGAAAACUUUUUGUUAUUAUUAUUAGCCGUUUAGACAUUUUAGUAAAUUUCACCUUUUAUAAUAUUAUACGGUUAUUGUUAAUAAAUAAUUUUUAUACAAUAUUCUAAACAUGUAUGAUUUCCGUGUGCCUGCAACAAACUUGCCACUGUUUAUGUUAUCAUAUUACUAUAAAUUGUUUGUAACAUGAAAAGUUUAAAUUAAUGUAUACAGUCUCUGGUGAUCAGAAUAUGUUAUAAGCCUACAACUGCGGAACCCUAACCAAAUAGCGACCAUAAUUAUUAUUAUUAUUUUGAAUAUUUGGAUAUUGUCCCGUUACAGUUGUUUAACCAUAUUGUUUAAUAACUGUAUAUUAUAUAUAUAUAUAUAUUUCUAUUAACAUAAUUAUUAGAUAUUAAUGUCCAGGAUUAUAUUUAUAGUCUAUUGUUUUCAUUAAAUGUUGUACAGGUACGAGUUCUUUUGUAUAAAAAUUAUUUUUUAUUAAUGCAUUUUAACGAAUAAGAUCAUUGUGAAAUAAGAAAUGAAAUUAUUGUGUUUUGUUAAUAAACUGAAUUAUUACUCGACGUUGA